AUGUGUUCUCUGCAAGCCAAAGCCACUGCUACCUCAAAGAGUCAUUACAGAGGAGUAAGAAAAAAGUCUGAGGGCCGAUUCUUUGCGGUGAUUAACGACCCGUCCCAGAGACGUCGCAAAUGGCUGGGCACUUUCAGUUCUGAUAUUGAGGCGGCCCAUGCAUAUGACCGGGCCGCCAUAGCCAUAAAAGGCUGCAAGGCAAAAACCAAUUUCCCACUUUCCGCUUACCAAAUUCCUAAGCCCGUCCAAAGGAGCGCCGCUAGCAAAAAUCCUGAGCCGCUUAAACAAGUCCAUGUUCCGUCAUUGAUUAGCACCAACAUGGUUGCCAAAGCCGCCACUCGGCCUAUCUUACCAAAACCUACAAUGUGGGCAGUGUUUCCACCGGAGCUUCGGAGGCAACAGCAAUUGGCUGCGUUUAAGAUGUCAUAUCAGCCCAGAUGCAAUGAGAAUGAAGACGAGGGAGGAGUAGAACAAAUCCAUAAGGGCUGUCAGACAAGCUACCGCCCAUGCAAUAGUAGCGAUCCAUCUUCCUCCGCCGUCACAGAAUGCAGAGCUUCUCCAACAAUGGGUGGUUUGGAUUUGAACCUUCCCCCGCCGGUUGAAGAAGAUGAAUGUCAUCAUUCCCCCAAAACUCUCUGGCUGCUCAAAUGA